AAAAGCUCGGUAAUAAUUUUGAACACCGAGCAAAUGUAUUAUGACUCACUAUUUCUCAUAUUUCUCACUUCAUACCCAAAUGAGAUGAUUGAUAUAAAUCAUUAAAUCUCAGGUAUAUACCACUUGUAACCCUGGCUAAGAUAAGCAUGGCAUAUUUUGUUUCAUAUUUGUAGGGGCAAAUGUGGUGGGACAUGUAGGUAUUAUUAACUUUCAUAACGGCAAAUAAUAUAUAAACUUUCAUAAUAUUGGUACCACACAAUCUGCCACAAAUCAAGAAACAAUAAUUCCCUAUAUUAAGUUUAUGCACGUUUUUGUACAUACACAAGUCGACAAGUCCUUGAAAAAUUCUAGGUCAGCUCUUCAACCUAUAAAUACAUAUCCGUGGACAAAGAUACAAGAUAAUCAUAAUUUGGCACUUUGUUACUUUUGACUACACAAAUAUGUAGUCAUCUCUUGCCUGUUAAACAAUUUGCCCAAGAAAAAAGAUGUCGGAAGUAACACUAAAUGCAUUUAUUAAAUAUUUACUUUACAUACAUACUUACCCAUGGGUAAGUAUGUAUGCAUCCAUCUACGUGCAUGCAUCAAAGUCCUGUAGUUUAUUUAUUGCAUACUUACAUACAUAAUAAUUAGUGUGUACCAUCAAGCAGGUUUCUACAUAUUUACGUGCACUUUAUGUAUGUCUAUUAGAUUAAAUUAAAUAAAUUAUUAGUUCGUUGUCCACCUUCAUGCGAAUACGAGGCUGAUAAAAGUUGAAAUUCAAACAACAAAUUUUUCGAGUAGGCAAAUUUCUAAACAGGUUUUUGUUCCCCAAAUAUAUAAAUAUUUACAUGCAUAACUAUGGGAACGUCCAUACAUACAUUGUGUCAUCAAAAAGGUGUUUGGUUCUCGGCCGCCUUUCUUACUCGUGUUAAUCUUACUAUGAGUAUGAUAGGAAAUUCGUGGGUGGGUGGUCUAAAAAUCGGCGUUUUUUUGAUGACCUAAUAUAUGGUCGCGCCCUAUACAUAAAUGAAGUAAAUAUAAGUAUAUUUAUGUAUCCGCGUGAAAUUCUUACUCCAAGUUUUUCUAACACGGUUUUAUUUGUGUUUUUUCAUAAAUAUCUGUAUUAUAAACAACAUUUUUAUGUGCGGAUGUACAUACAUACUAAUUGAAAUUUGCAACAAUGAGGAAGGUGUAUGCAACCUUAGCAACUACUGUCCUCCUGUUCCCAUGGUUAAUCACUGGUGUCGCAGUUAUCCUAAUCCUUCGCAAAAUAGUUGAAAUUGGGGCACAUAUUUGGAACCGGAAGGAAUUUCUAAGCAUUGUCACGUCCCAAAGCACCGUAUUUAGUAAUGCAUGCGCAAAUCAGACAUCAAUUCGCUUAAAUCUGUUAAAAAUUCAAGUUGCUUCAUCACUUUUUUGGGCGAUAUGCAUUUUUCCAGGUAUGAUGCCUGUAUUCUCCGACGAAUCUUGGACAGCUAUCGUCAUACUGGAAGUCAACCGGCCUACGAUUAAUCUACCCCGGCUAAUCAAAGAUUUCGAGAAUAAAGUUUUGCACGCGAAGGUGGAUGUCUCCAGUUCGGCCUUGCUUUACCCUGAACUAAAGUGCAAAUUGGUACAAUGGUGGGGAUACUAUUUUUGGGCGUUCUGUCCUAAAUUCGAUAUUACCGACCAUAUUAAACACUUGAAAGAGUCAGAGUUUCACAACGACCUUUCCAAUCCGGAUAAUUGGAAUAAUUUAAUAAACUACGUCUCCAGCAAGAGGAUCUGGCAGAUGGAUAAACCCAUCUGGGAGCUAUUGGUAAAGGAAGGCGUCAAAACGGAACGUGGGAGAGGGAAAAGUCUGUUAAUUUGGAGAUCCAGUCAUGUCUUAUGCGAUGGUUGGUCAAUAUUCAAAUUAACUGCGAGGCUAUUCGACACGCCGGAUAAUGUAGGAAAGGAAAUGAUUCGGCAAAGUGGGAAAUUUUCAUGGAAAGGAAUCCUUACCUGGUGCACCCUCCCAUAUGAUUUUGCUGAUUACGUGACAAAUGUGGAGUCUGAUGAUACUAGUGUUUCACCACCAAACGAUAGCAGUCACUCACAGAAGGAAAUGUUUUCGAAAUCGUCCCCCACAUUGAAUCUUUCGGACUUGAAAAGGAUCAAGGAUGAGUACGGGGUCGAUUUUCUUUCCCUUCUUUUUGCCGGUACGACGGCCGCAAUUCGGGAUAGUUAUCUUCAAAAUGGCAUUCAAAUCGAGGGUACUCACGCCAAAGCUAGUUUUAUCCUUCCAGUUCCUAACCAUCCGCCACAAUUGCGAAAUCAUAUGUCACAUGGGGCAAUUCUUCUCCCCGUUGGGGAAGAAGAUUCGAAAAUAAGGCUCCAGUUAAUUGGACAGAGGAUGCAUAAAUAUCGGACAAGCAAGAUACCUGCCUUGAAAAUGUAUCUCACGCAUGUGCUUGGCUCCCUUCCUGUCGCGUGCGUACAAAGUUUCCAAAAGAGAUUAUUUGCACCCAUCGUGGUCAAUAAUUUGGUUGGGCCGCCUGUUGACUUGUAUUUACACGGCGACCGGAUCGAUAUUUCGUAUGGAGGAGUUAAUAUUGCAGGAAAUAGGACACCCAAUGAACCGCGGUUUGCCUAUGAUACCCGCUUUUACACGUAUGCUGGAGCCGCAAUCAUGGCAGUGACUGGUUUCGAAGAAUUCUUUUCCCGUCCCGACCAACAGAUGACUACAUUUCUGAACAGCUAUGAAGCAGAAUGGAGAAAACUUUUGAGCAUGCUGGAUACCAGGCAUGGAAGCUCUGAAGCCCGGAAAAAUUUUUGAGCAAAAGAGUACGAUUUUUCUAUGAGCUAAUAACCAUGUGAUUUAUGCAUUUGAUGAGUAUUUACAUACAUUACUUUGGAGAAAAAAAACUUUUUCUGUUAAAAGGCUCAAA